CUGAGAAACAAGCAAGACAAAAAGGACUUUUUCUUAUUUGGACUGUUGGAAUCCGGGAAGACUAUAUCUUUAGGAAUUCUGACAUUUGGAAAGGAAUAUACUACAGUCUUAAUUUUAGGAAAGUUGUCUAAUAAAAUGCUUGGAGAAGGCUUCCUAACUGAAUUCCUUUAUAAAGAACAGAAACACACAAAAUUUUGCAAGCCACUUAAAUAUACUCCAAAUAAUGAAAAGGAUACUUGGAAAAGUAAGCUCUUAAAUACAGGGGAUAAUUCACUUCUCUGUCUUAAGAUGGAAAAUCAAGAAAAAAAUAUAAAAGGAAGUUUAACAGAACAAAAUAGUGAUGUAAUUCAAAUAAACUCUGUGGAUGAGCUACCUGUGGCAAAAGGCAACAUUACAUCUCUUCCAGGAAAGCUAUCAAUUGCAUUGCCUAUUCCAAAGAGAGAACAUGAUGAAAGACAACUGGAUUUAUAUCGAUCCUGGUCAUGCACAAGUAUUUGCCAGAAUUAUCCUGACCUACAAAUUGGAGGCGACCACAUUGGGAACAUGUAUGACUCAGGAUGCUUUGUGGAACACACUCAUGAUGAUGCUCUUAAUGGUCCUCUUUUACUUUCAGUGGAUAUACCAUUGGGUCAAUCACCUAAAGCUGAGUCUCUAAAGGAAACAGUUACCUCAAAGUUAUUGAAUGGGGAUGAUGUUCGAGAGAAGAGUAUGCUAUUGCAUAAGCAGCCCCUCUCCAAUUCUAUGCUCAAUAAUUAUAUGGAAAAAAAAGUAGACGAACUCUACAAACAAUUUUUGGAAGAAAAUCUCACCAGAUGUCAUUCCAUAACCAAUCUUAUGGCUUCCAAUCUACUAAUGAAUAAUGUAAAUCAAAUCAGCUUUCAGAUUUCUCAAGAGCAGAACAUAGAGGCAUCAAAAGUUCGAGAAGUUCUUCUACACUCUUUAGCACUCUGUAAUCGUUGUAAUGUAUCCCAUGGAAAUAGUACUGAAUUAAGUACGCCUAACUUACAGAUAUCAAAUCAGGCAAGUAGUGAACUUGCAACACAUAUAUAGUGGAA